UUUGUGAGAUCCGAAACUUCGCACAAUUUUUUAACAUUAUUCACUUAACUGUGCUGUAAACCAAGCGCCCCAACAGUUACGAUAACCAAUUGAUUGUACUUUGUAGAGAUAGAUCCAAACCACUGGUUUACAGCCACUUUUUUUCUGUACUUUAUCUUCGUUUCGCUAUCUUCUCUGAUAAUUUUUUUAAAGAAAAUUAUAUCCCAGUUGGCUUUGCAAAUUCAUCUUCUUUUUCUGUUUGGACUUGAAGCGUAAUGGGGAGGAAGGAUAAUUUGGCCAUGAAAACUGAUCCGGCCACGGCGGAUUUGAUCGACUCUGAUAACAAAGAACUCAAGAUCGCCGCAAAGAGGCUCAUCAAUCAUGCCACUAAGCUUGGUGGCCUCGGCUUUGGGACUUCUUUUCUCAAAUGGGUCGCUUCCUUCGCUGCGAUUUAUUUGCUGAUAUUGGAUCGAACCAACUGGAGAACAAACAUGCUGACUUCACUUUUAGUCCCUUACAUAUUCUUUAGCCUUCCUUCGGUGUUGUUCAAUUUUUUCAGAGGAGAGGUAGGGAGAUGGAUUGCUUUCAUCGCAGUUAUACUAAGGCUUUUCUUCCCGCGACACUUCCCAGAUUGGCUGGAGAUGCCAGGAUCUUUGAUUCUUCUCUUGGUUGUGGCUCCCAGCUUCUUUGCACACACCUUGAAGGAUAGCUGGGUUGGUAUUGUGAUAUGCCUUAUCAUUGGUUGUUACCUACUGCAAGAGCACAUCCGAGCAUCUGGUGGAUUCAGAAAUUCCUUCACUCAAACCCAUGGAAUAUCGAACACGGUUGGCAUUAUCCUUCUGUUAGUCUAUCCUGUAUGGGCACUUGUCAUCCACUUCCUCUAGGCACAAGAUUAUCUAUCUGAGUUGUGAUUUAUCUUCUUUCUUCCGCAACAUCUAGCCAUGAUUUUAUUUUCAACAUUGUUUUCUCAGUUUAAAGUUGGAUGGAUUUUCAAUAUUUUCCCUUACAAUUAAUUUCCAAUUUAUUUGAUUUUAUUGCUUU